GAAGAGCAAAGGGGUGGGGUUGGCCGGCGUCGCGGGCUGUUAGUGUGAGCAAGGUAAAGGUUGGGUGUCUCGCGCCCCUGGCUAUUAGGAGGGAGGAGGGGGUGCCCCUCCCCCAACAGCCCCGCGGCGGCUCUCCCAUCAACCCCUCAUUGCAACGAGGUUCGCGGGAAGGAAAAAAAAGGUCCAGCAGGUGAAAUCUGUGGCAAUGGUGGGAGCUCAGCAGAUAGAGAUGCAGGCAGCAGCAGUGCCCGCAGUGGCCCCAACAGGUGGAGGUCCUGGUGGUGGCAGUGGCGAUCAUCAAUAUGAAUGCUUAGAAUGUGGCAAGGUGUUCAAAUGGUCAUCACGGCUCAUUCAUCACCAGCGGACUCACACAGGCGAGCGACCUUAUAAGUGCUCAGAAUGCCCCAAGGCUUUCAAAGGUUCAUCGGCCUUGCUGUAUCACCAGCGUGGACACACGGGUGAGCGACCAUAUAAGUGUGGUGAAUGUGGCAAGGCCUUUAAACGGUCAUCCUUGCUUCAAAUCCAUCAGAGUGUACAUACAGGUCUGCGUGCUUUUAAAUGUGCUCAUUGUGGCCAAGCCUUUAAGUGGUCUUCCCAUUACCAGUAUCACCUGCGUCAACAUACUGGAGAACGCCCCUAUCCCUGCCCAGCAUGUGAUAAGGCCUUUAAGAACUCUUCUAGCUUGCGACGGCACCGCCACACACAUACAGGUGAGCGUCCUUAUGUCUGCCCUAUCUGUGGCAAAGCUUUCACUCAGUCCACAAACCUACGACAGCAUCAGCGAGUGCACACUGGUGAGAGACCCUAUCGAUGCCAGGACUGUGGUAAAGCUUUCACGCACUCAUCUAAUCUAGCACUGCAUUGCCGAUCAGCACACACUGCCCGCUCUGUUCACACCUGUGUUAUUUGUGGUAAAGCUUUUGCAUCUGACACCUAUUUGCAGCAGCACCUAGAGACUCAUGCUGACAUUGCACCUCCAGCACAACUCUUCUUGGAGGAGCCAACCACCACAGUUGAGAUGGUAUUUCGAUGUAGUAUUUGCCAUCUUACUUUUUCCUUGCAAGAGCAACUGCUAAGUCACCAAGAAACGCACUUGGCCCCAACAGAGCCAUUGCCUCUGCCAGAAAUGCCAUCACCAUCAGUGCAGGAGGAGACAGCACCUGUAGUAUCUCCCACACCCUCAGUAUCUUGCUCAGUCUGUGGUAAGACUUUCAAGAGUGCAGUAGGUUUAGCAAGGCAUCAGCAGAGCCAACAUUCAUCAGAUCGCACUUACACCUGUGUGGUGUGUGAGCGCUCCUUCCCUGCACUGGCCAGCUUAUUGGGCCACCAGCGUUCACAUCCCCCAGCUGAACAAAGGCUGGAGGAAGCUGAAGUGACCUGUCCAGCACAGGCUGAGCCAGUGCCUACAGCCACCGCAACACCACCUCCACCACCUGAGCGACCGUAUGUGUGUGGAGAAUGUGGGAAGUCAUUCAAGGGCUCCUCGGGGCUACGUUAUCACCUCCGUGAUCACACAGGUGAGCGUCCCUAUGCUUGUAGUGAAUGUGGGAAGGCCUUCAAACGCUCAUCGCUGCUGCGCAUUCACCAGCGGGUGCACACAGGGCUGCGUGCCUUCACCUGCCCCACCUGUGGCAUGGCAUUCAAAUGGGCCUCUCAUUACCAAUACCACUUACGCCAGCAUACUGGAGAGCGUCCAUAUGCCUGCCAGGAUUGUGGGAAAGCCUUUAAGAAUACCUCAUGCCUUCGUCGGCACCAGCAGCUGCAUACAGGGGAGCGUCCCUUUGCCUGCCAGACUUGUGGCAAGGCUUUCACUCAGACUUCCAACCUCCGGCAACAUCAGCGGGUGCACACUGGUGAGAGGCCCUAUUGUUGCCGGGACUGUGGCAAGGCAUUCACUCACUCAUCCAACUUGGCACUCCACCGACGUACCCACUCCCGGGAACGCCCCUUCCAGUGCCCAGUUUGUUGCAAGGCUUUUGUCAUGGCAUCUUACCUACAGCGUCAUUUGCGUACCCAUAACAGCAGUGAGGCAGCCAAUCACACAACUGCUGCCUUAUCUGCUGCCACCCAGGAGGUACAAAUCGUGCCCAACAUGCAGGCCACUCUGAAUGUGGACCUAAGUGGCAACCCAUCCUCAGCUGUUUCUUCCGACAGUCAAACUUUCUUGCUAGUGCAGACAGCUCAGGGCUUGCAGCUCAUUCCCAGUGUGCAGCAGCAGCAGCAGCAGCCGCCACUUCUCCAAAAUUCACCCCCAAAAUUCAUCCUUUUGCCCAGUCCACAGGUGGUAACGACUACACCUGCUGCUUCAGCAACUUUUACCCUGGUGCCAAGUGCUUCCACUACUCCAAACAGACCUGUCCUACUCCGUCAAAGUAAGGGAAAGAAGUCUGUGUCAGUACCUCCCCCACCAUCACCAGUAUCUAGCAACCAGAAUAUUAUUUUAAUGCCCACUACCACUGGAGCCAAUAUGCAGCCUAUCCCUAAUGUACAGAUCCAGAGGUCACCAGGAUUGCACACCAAUGGACAGAAUGUUAUGGUGCUCCAGAGUUUGCCAGAACAGCAGGUGGGCACAGUACAGAUACAAUAUAUACCACCCAAUCCAUCAACAAGUACUAUCCAGAUUCAAACUCUGCCUCAGCAACUCCAAAACAUUUCCACUGCUCAGCAAAGUGGCACACUACAAAUCCAGACCUUGCCUACUGCCCAGCAAACUGGCACAAUUCAGAUCCAGGCUGUUCCUAACCCUCCACAAACUGGUCUUCUACAGAUUCAAAGUCUGCCUCUACCCCAGAACACUGUGCAGAUCCAGGGUCUGUCCAGUUAUCCACCGGCUAGCACAGUGCACUUCCAAACACUUCAGCCUUCACAAAAGAUGAAUACUGUGCAAUUUCAGGCUGUAACAUCCUCCCAGCAGGUGGGGACCCUGCAGUUCCAAAACCUCCAGUCUUCCCAACAAGUAAAUUCUCUUCAGAUCCAGACCUUGACAUCUUGUCAGCAGGCCAACUCUAUUCAGAUUCAGAAUUUGCCUCAGUCAAAUCAGUCUGUGAACAGUGUUGAAAUCCAAGGCCUUGCUCCUUCCCAGCAGUUGGAUAAUGCAAAUCAGAUCCAGGGGCUUAUGUCUUCCCAGGAAGGGCAGCAGCUUCAGCCUUCAGAAGAGAUGGUCAGUGUCCAACUUCAGACUCUGGGCUCAGCUCAGGAAAUGAAUGAGAUUGGAAAUGCUCUGUCUAGCUCACAUGACCUCUCUGAAGUGGACCUCCAUCAGGGAUCCAGCAUGGAAGAAGAAAGCCAGGACCUGAUUGUUGUACAGAAUUCUCCAGGAGAGGAACUGCUAGGGUCUGGAAGUGAGGUUGAGAACCUUGAGGGUGUGCAAGACAUGCAUUUUGAGACUCUGCAGACUGAAGAAGGGGUUCAAAAUGUUUUGGUGUUGAGACGGGCAGGUGGAGAACAAACCCGUUUGUGUGUUCAGGAAGUAGAGAACAUCCAGACCCUGCAGGAACUGUCUGGCCUCCAGUUACAUAGUACUGAUGGUAGCUCAGGGACUGGGCAGAAUCUGUUGAUUAUCCGCAGUGCUCAAGGUGAACAGACUCUCCAAGUACUGGAGAGUGUACCGACCCUGCAGAUGUCAAUUGCUAACAAUAUGCCUACCUUGGACCCGGAACAGCUGUUAAUCAGGGAAAUGAGAGAGGAUGAAGCCCCCAUUGUUUUGGAACUUCUGAAGGAUGGAUUCAAAGAUACGGAAAACCGCUUGAUACUUUAUGUGCUGACACGACCACUAGCCUUAUUACUAAUGGCAGUUGUGAGCAGUGGACUACGCUUCUUCCUGAACUCCUUUGUGGUGGCCCUUGUGCUGCCAGUACUCCUCACUGUAGUGGCUCUGAAACUUCUACUGUGGCGUUCACCAGACCUUAAACACUUGCAUGCCUAUUACAGUGCAAGCCAUCGUAGGCUGUGGGUAGCUGUCUAUGAUGAUGAUGAUGUGUGUGGCUGUGUGGCUUUGGAGCCUCUUGAUAGAGAGCCUCAUACUGCUGAGCUCAAGCGCUUGGCUGUCAGCCGAUGGUACAGGCGCUCUGGUGUGGGUCAGUGCCUCCUUCAUUUUCUAGAGGCACAGGCUCGUGCACAGGGCUUCAAAUUCGUAGUGGCCCAGGUCUCUGUGGUGGCAAAAGCUGCUAUUGGUCUUUUUGAGAACUCUGGCUAUAGUGUGAGUGGUGGGCGCCCAUGGUUGGGUUAUACUGUUCAACAAGAGUUCAUCAAAGAACUUUAGAACUGUAUCUAUUAGUUUGCUACCAGGUAAGAUAGCAUGUUUUUGAAUGUUGUUGUUCUUGAACAAAGAAAACACAGAAUUUCAGAAACAGACUGCAGUUAAAACAAGGCAUUCCAGAUCCUAAGCAGUGCUUACUAUUAACAUGGUUUCUGCUUAGAAAAAAAGUGUGGCUGCAAAGCAGAUCAGGAUAGUUUGUGCCUUCUUCCCAGUCUGGUAUAGUCAUCAAACUCUCAUUUGGGAUUUCUGUUCCACAUUAUUCACUGAUGUUGGAAACAGGAACUGAGGCUCAUUUCUUGUAUCUUCUUUUGGGGUCAGAAUAACUUCACAUUUUAUACAAAGGGAACAGCAAAUUCUAGCAAUUGAGAAAAUUUGUGCAACUGUGCUUGUGUUUGUGUAUAUACAUACAUACAUACAUACAUAGGAUUGUGUGUGUGUGUGUGUGUGUGUGUACACACAUAUGUGCACAAAUUUUCUCUUAUAUAUACACAUACAUACAAACAAAUCCAGAGAAUAUACCAAAAGUCAAGCCCCGUAGUCAAUUUAUUACAUAAAUUACAUCAGUUGUUCAACUUGGUUGCCUUUUUUUCUAAACCCUUUCUUACUUGUUUGAUGCAUGACUUUUGAACACUCCUAAAUAUAAUAACAUUUUCCCUACAGAGAAAAAAACCUGAAACAUACAUAGAGAUUGGCCUAUAGGGCCUGAUGUUUGCAACAUCCUUUGUAUAUAUGUACUUCUCUAUGAAUGCACUUCAUAUAACAGAAGGCCAUCUGAAAAUUAUUGUUCAAACAGUCUUUCAGAAUGCACAGAUGAGGAAUUUACAUGCCCGAUUCAUAUUUCACUUGCAAACCAGCUUGAACACAUAGGGCAUGUCUAGUUUUUAUCAGGUUAUUGUGUAUUUUCUUUGCAAAUUAAUGAUCAGGAUAGUGAGUUCCCAGCAGGUGACCAGUUUCUUAAAUGAGUUAAAGAAAUAUGUUAAGCAUUUUGUUGUUCUUUGAUGCCAUACAAACUGGACAGAUCUAGUCAUUUGCAUUCAUUACUUACUGAAUUUUACAUUCUUGUCCUCACUUAUGUCAGCUGAUAGUAAAUUUAUGACAAGUUUUCUAAAUCUGUAUAUUUGCAUGCCUGAGUUGGAGUAUAUUCUCUGACCCUAGUUCUUAGGGUUAGAGAAAUUUAGCCGUGCAUUCUCUAGCCAAUUAAAGUUUCACUUUUAUAAAUUCAGUAAAAUUUAUUUAAGAAAGGAGAAAAACACCUUUUUAAGAUGAGAUUUUAGAAGUUCUUUUAUACAUUAUGAUAAAAUAUAUUUCAGCUUUAUUGGAGAAAUUGAACAUUAUCCAUCUAGUUCAUAUUACUUUAAAUUGUGCACAUAAAAACGAACUACUAUAGGAUGAGGCUGCGGAUAGCAUCUUUGGAAAUAGUAAAUUGAAGAGUAUAGAGGUGUGCUCUUGUCAUGGAAACUAGUUUAAAUCAUAUAUAUUCAUAUAAUUGAAUUUUCACAGAAUUUGGAGAUAAUAAAAAAUGGCUUGAAGUCAUUAAGGUUAAAUUAAAAUGUUAAAUAUAUGUAUUUAAUUCAUAUUGCAUAUCCCUACUUCAUCCAGUAUCUUUUGAAGAUACACUGAUGAAUGGAAUUUUAUGGGUAGAAAUGUAACUGGACAAGGAACACAGUAUCAGACACAAAAAGGAUUAAGAGAACACACAUUUGAAUAGUCUUUAAAAGCUUAUUUUUUCUUAGAAAGAGCUAAUAAAUAGUCUGGCAUUCAUGUGCAUGUAACAUAGUUCAGUAUCCAAAUUAGCAAUGGUUCUACAGUGUCAUUUUUCUAACAACCAAGCUGGGUUGACUAACAACCUAUUUAGGGCUCUUAUUAGUUCAGGCAGGAAGUUGAUUUUCUAAAUUCUUGCCUAUAUUCUGAUUCACAAAUUUAUUUAUUUAUUUAUUUAUUUGAUUUUUAUACCGCCCUUCUCCCGAAGGACUCAGGGCGGUGUACAGGCAAGAUAAAACAAUACAAUAUACAGAUUAAAAUACCAUUUAAAAAACUUAUUUAAAUUAGCCUAAAAUUAAAAAAUUUCCAUACUAAAAACCCCGUUUAAAAAUUGAUAAAAGAUAAAAUUCAAUUUAAGACAGCCCCGCGCAAAUAAAAAGAUGCGUCUUCAGUUCGCGACGGAAUGUCCGAAGGUCAGGUAUUUGGCGUAAACCCGGGGGAAGUUCAAAUGUAUCUUCCUCCAGAUGUUUUAGCCAAAAGAAUUCAAAAAAUGAAUGAAUCAUUGUCUGUACUGAACUUCCAUCAUGCUGAACUAGAUUUCCAAACUCAUUAGAUGUACAUUGCAAAAGAAUUCAGUGGAAUAGAAAUUUUAUAUGAUCAACAAAAAUGCUUUGUAUAUAUAUAUUCUUUUUUUUCUUGUUUUAGAUUUUUUUCCUGCAGAUGCAGAGCCUGUGUUUUUCUGAUCAAUAUUGAUCUGUUGGUUUCAACAAGAAUUGAUCAACUGGCUUGCUGCCUGAGCCUGACAUCAUGGGUUAAGGGAAACUGACUGGUUCAAAGUCACUAGGCCAGCUUUCAUGCCUAAGGCAGAACCAGAAUUCAUUGUCUCCUGGUUCCUGAUCUGGAGCUUUAACCAUCAGCUCAAAUUGAUUCCCUGAUUUGUGUGUGUGUGUGUGUGUGUGUACAAACACACUCAGUGAAAUAUUGUGAUUGGGAAUGGACGUAAUGUCUUUUAAUUUUAAAUACCCAGUCAUUAGGAACACAGUGUACAGAGAUGUGUUACAUCUGUGUGACAGCCAAGUUGUUGGAAGCUGAGUUAUAGUUGCUGGGACCAACAUGUUCUGCCUUUAUUAUAGUAAUGACUUCAGGGAUGGCAAUUCAAUUUUUAUAGUAGGAAAAAAACAGUAAACCUAUUCACUGUGUUAAGAAACACUGCAGAGACCAAGAGAAAAGGUCAGGAAUAAGAAUACUAGACAUGGGUCAUUUGACUCAAUAUUUCUAUAUGUGGUUUUCCCUUUAUGCUCUGACCAAAUGCUCUGUUCUCAUUGGAAUCUACUUUAUGCAGAUGGGAAUUUUGCCAAUAUUUAAAAAUAUUGAUAAAUUCUUAACUCUCACUAGUCCCCAACUCUCACCCCAUAAAUCCAUAUGGGAGUGAGCAACAAUUGUGGAAUCUUCUAUUUUCAUUAAUUCUCAUUCUAUCUAGUUUGCUUUAAUCUGGUGCACUAUCUUUGCAAUGCUGGCCUUCACUAUAUUUUUGAAAAAGCUUGGCUGUAUUUUUGAUAGACGUGAAUAAAAGUCAGGUUUUAUGUUGCAGAACUGUGAUUUAUGAAUUACUGAGGGUUACUUGCUUGCAGAUUGCAACACAUUACUUGCUUACAUACUGAUUCAGGAUCAAGCACAAACAAAAAAUUUAAAGGAUAAAUAGAAGUUGGGUUCAGAGGCAAAGUUGAUUAAGAUAUGAGAAUCCAAAGAUUUACAUAUUUCUCUUUAAGCCUUAGUAGUAAUGUAGUUUGUGAAUAUCCUAUGCCAAAUUUUGCCUUUACACACUGCAGAGAGUCAGCAAGCAUUCUGAAAUUGUCAUGGGAAAAAAACCCAGUAUUUUGCUGUUUUCUUAAUACAAGGCAAUCUUUGACUUAUGACUAUUCAUUUAGUGACCAUUCAAGUUUAUGUCAAUACAGAAAAAAACUGACAACCAGACCUGGUCACUUACAACCACUGCAGCAUCCCUGAGUUCAUGGGAUCAUGAUUUGGACACUUGGCAAUCAUCACGCUAUUUAUGAUGGUUAUCUGUUCCAUGCUCACUAUUGGUGACCUUCCCAGUUGCCUUUCAAAAGAAUCAGUGGAGAAGCCAGCAGGAAAGGUAACAAAUCACAAUUACAUAAUGUCUGCUUAACAACCACUGUGAUUUGUUUAACUACUGCAGCAAAAAAAGGUAAUAAAAUCUGGUUUGGUCAGAUGAUGCUUUGCUUAAUGAUUGCAUCAUUUAACAAUUAGUUUUACAGUUCCCCUGCUGCCGUAAGUUGAGAAAUAGAAUAGAAUUCUUUAUUGGCCAAGUGUGAUUGGACACAAGGAAUUUGUCUUGGUGCAUUCCAGUAGUGAAUAAGGCUUCUGGCUGAAAAGGAUGGUUCACUAUUUGACAGAACAGAAAUGAACAUGCCCAUCCUAGAUAUAAUUGUGGGAAAGAGUCUUUUUUUCCCCCCAAAGCAAGAAAACUAGGCUGAAAAGAUGAAAAAUAGUUGUCCAAAUAGAAUUGUAUACCAGGCAAAGCUAUUUAAUGUGAGUAUUGCUUCUACACUAGACAUGGACUCUGUGUUAAUGUGAUAGGAACUAAAGGGCAAGAUCCCAAGUUAGGUGUGUAAGAAAAGAUAUUCUACUGGAAGAUUGGGGAAUGGAAGAAAGUAUGAAUUUUGUUCAACCAUGACCAUUUCACAUCUGAAAGUUUGAGGCCAACAACAUUUGAAGAAGAUAGGUUCUCCAUCUUUAAAUCAUGAUCAACUAGAGGGAGAAAUCCUGAUAAUGAUGGUAAUGAUGAUUGUUCCAAUUCUGCUAACUUUUUAGAUUCUUGUAGGUUGACAUUAGAGUAGAAACUAGAUUUCAAAAAUAAUUAUUUCAUAUAUAAUAAUUUAUAAUAAUUUAAUUGAGAGACAAGCCAUUUCAUGGUUAUCAGCAAUGCAUUCUGAAAAAUCAUCAAGGACAUUCUCUUAGAUUUGCAAAGAUUAAGCCAAGGCAGUUUUGUUUAUUUAGAAGAACAUUUCUCUGGCUUGGCAGCUAUUCCUAACAGUGAAUGAUGUACAGUUUUGGCUCUGAUUGUCUAGCACUGCAUAAAAGCUUUCCAUUUUAUGGAAAGAAACACUUACCUCAUAUGUUCUACAGCUGAAACUUGACUUUUAAAAACAAGAUUCAUAGGAAUAAGCUUAUGUUAAUACUUACAUUGAAAAUCCAUGUCUGUGUUCACCAAUAAAAUGCUGAAAAAACCUA